AUGGCAGCGCUCAUGCUCCCCCCGCGGGGCGGCCCGGCCCGGCGGACCCUGCUCCGGCCGCUCUGCUCCUGGGCAGAUGGCCUGCUCCACAGCAUGGCCCAACCUGGCACAUGGGACCGCUUCUACACACAGCAGGACACAGCUGGCACCCCCAGCCAUUUCAACUGGUUCUUCGACUACAUGGCCAUCUCCGGGCUCCUGCUCCCAACCCUGCGGGGGUGCGGCCCCCCUGAACCUAAUCCCAGCCCCACUCGGGUGCUCGACGUGGGCUGUGGCACUUCGGAUCUGGGCCUGGGGCUAUACCGGGACUCCCCACACCCUGUCCACAUCUCCUGUGUGGAUGUGUCCCCUGUGGCCAUCAGGUCUCUUCACCGCCUGCUCCAGGAGGUCCCCCCACCCCGACACCCCCUCUCCCAGCUUCACCUCCAUGUGGCUGAUGCCACUGACCUUGAGGGGGGUGGCUUUGGGGAUAGUACUUUCCACCUGGUGCUGGACAAGGGCACAUGUGAUUCACUGCUGCGCUGCCCCCAGGGGCCAGGCCAAGCUGGGCGGCUGGUGGCUGAGUGCUUGAGGGUGCUGCGCCCUGGGGGCAGCUUGCUGCAGUUUUCAGACGAGGACCCAGAUGCCAGGGUCCCUUUCCUGGAGCAAGCUGGGGGGCCUGGUGUGACAGUGCAGGAAGUCGGGCACAUUGGUGGCAUGUGCUACUAUGUCUACACGCUCUGCCGGCCAGCCCUGGAGACACCAACCACUGGGGCACUGAACUAG